UUUCUAACCUUCGUGACGUCUUAUAAGUUUCUUAUCAACCACAUAUUAUAACUUAGCAAAUAUUGAAUUUAAGUAAUUAUUGUUAUAACAAAUAGUUAUAACUGAGAAAUAAUAGCGUUAAUUUAGUUUAUUGUAUUGUUGCAUAGUUCUACUGGUAGACGACGUAAUUUUACGAGAUGUAAGUGAAUUAAUUAUUGUAGAGUUAUUACGUUUUUGCGCACAAUUAUAUCAAAAUGGCUAAGUUACAGAGUGUUAAUACGAAGGAAAGCAAAGAAAAUUCAGAAGAUACAAAACAAGAAGAAAUAAACGAAAGUUCUCCCUUGAAAUCUGGACAUGAAAAUGUUCAAAACAAAGAAAAAAGUGAAAAAAUAUCACUAAUGCAAAGACUGAAAAUAAUUAAAGCGAAUACAACAGUUGAACCUAUUCUGGCAUGCUACGUCAUGCCGAGUGUUUUAGCCUCGCUGGCCACGCAAAAUUUAAACCUAGAAAAGGCAUGUCUCGUGAACCUCAACUACAGCACUGAAAUUUGUGACGCUUUAAAAUCUAGACAGACGGAAAAUUAUACAGAAUACGAGGAGAGAGUUCAAACAUUAAUUGCUGAAAUUCAGGCUUGGAAGAAUAUCGUUCAAACGACGAUACCCGUUUUAAUUAUUUUGUUCGUUGGCGCCUGGAGUGAUAAAACUGGGAAAAGAAAAGCUUGCAUACUCAUGCCUAUAGUGGGUGAAUUUAUUACGUGUAUAGGCUUCAUUGUUAACACUUACUUUUUUCUCGAGCUACCCGCUGAAGUUACUGCUUUCACUGAAUCUAUCUUUCCGGCUAUAACAGGUGGUUGGUUCACGAAUUUCAUUGGUGUAUUUAGUUACAUAGGUGACAUAACGUCUCCUGAAGACAGAACCUACAGAGUUGGCAUAGUCAACCUAUGCAUGUCGCUUGGUUAUCCCAUAGGCAGUGCGUUGAGUGGAGUACUGCUGACUUGGAUAGGUUAUUAUGGAAUAUUUUCACUAUCAGCAAGUCUGUAUUUAUUUAGCAUUAUUUACGGACAUUUCUAUUUAGAAGAUCCCAGACCGAAACCGAGAGACAAGAAAAAUCAAGGCGUGUUCUGUUUCUUCAAAGAGUUCUUCGAUGUCGGUCUAGUCCUGGAGACUUUCCGCGUGGCCUUCAAGAAAGACAAUGGCAAUCGGAGGAUGCGCGUGUGUUUGUUGCUUAUCGUAGUGUUCGUAGUGUUUGGACCUAUUCAGGGCGAAUUCACAAUAUUGUAUCUGUUUACACGAUACAGAUUCAACUGGGAUGAAGUCAAAUUCAGCAUGUGGUCUACGUACAGUAUAGUCACUAAUUUGCUUGGAACGGCUUUCUCAAUAAGUCUGUUCAGCAAUUACAUGAAGCUGGAUGACACUCUCCUAGGGAUCAUCUCGAUCACGAGCAAAAUCGUUGCGUCCUUCGCCUAUUCCUUUGCCAGAAACGAUUUGGAAAUAUAUUUGGCGCCUUUGUUAGAAAUUCUAAAUGGUACAUCUUUCAUCGCUAUGCGGUCCAUUGCAACGAAACUUGUCAGCGGAGAGGAAUUUGGUAAAGUCAACUCUCUCUUCGGCCUAGCGGAGGCAAUGACGCCUUUGAUAUACGGGCCACUGUACUCCAGAGUAUAUAUCGCAACAAUCAAUGUUUUGCCUGGUGCUGUUUUCCUAUUGGGUGCUUUGCUCACUCUACCAGCUAUUGUUAUAUUUGGGUGGCUUUACUUUGAACAUAAAAAAGAUAGACUGAAGAAUAAUCGAGACCUGAAAAUUGGUGAUAAGGAAAAAUGCUGAAGAGAAUCAAGACUU